AUGCUUAUAUUAGCAAUGAUUGAUUUUGAAAUUCAAUAUUUUUGUUACCAACUCUAAAAUCCUCUAAUUAUUGAUUAAUUUAAUUUAUUGAACAAUAUGGGAAGUACUUGCAAUAAUUCACCUAUCUAGAUUUUUGUUAGGGAGAUAAACAAUAUGAUUUAAAUUGCCAAGACAAUACACAUGUUUAUGAGGCUACCAUCAAUUAAUCCACUGUAACCAUCAUACAUGGAAACAUUCUCUAGAAUAACCUAAGAGGAAUAUGUAAAUAGCUCUAUCCUAUAUUAGUGAAUGCAUAAAUUGAUCCCAAUUCCUUCCCAUUAAUGUAAUUACCAGAAAUGCAACGUGAAUUUCGUAAUCAAUCUUAAAUAUUUAGUAAAAUCUAAAAUACCUAUUAUCUAACGAUUACCACCUGGAGCAUGCCAAUCUGAAUUCAUAAUCAACCUUAAAAUUAACUAUUAAGACAAUAGAAAGGAAAUCAUUGAGGCUUAUGAACAAGGGUAUAUUAUUAGAUUCAAAUUAGUUUCGAACUCAUGUUUCAACAUGAAUUAGAAAAUGUUGGAUAUAGGGAAGGCAAGGAUAAAUUUAAAGAUAAGUCUGAAUAAUUAUAUAAUUCAGAAUGUUUACUAGAAGCAAUCUUCAAUCGAAUUAAAGAAAAUAAAAUGAUUAAGAAUUUUCAAAUAUUCAGUGUUGAUCUGUAGAUCUGCUAAUAAUAUAAAAAUGAAUUAAAAAAGCAAUAACACAAAUAAAUGUCAAAAAAGAAUUUUGAAAGAUGUUCAACAUAAGAAUAACUAAAUGAAUCCUAUACUGAAAGAAUCUUUACAGCCAAUUCUUGUGAUCAAGCUGAUUUUGUCAAUAAAAACUACAUCAAACAACAACUAAAAAGAUCUAUUGCAAAUAAUUAAUAAAAAGAAUUAUGA